AUGGAGGCAAAAGACCUUGCAGCAGCAGCAGCAGUGGCAGCGGGAGGAAUUUGCGUGGAGCCGCGCAUUAAAGUCAUCUCCAUGGGCUCCUCUGGUGUGGGGAAGAGCUGCAUCAUCAAGCGCUACUGCGAGGGCCGCUUCGUGACGAAGUACAUUCCCACCAUCGGCAUUGACUACGGUGUGAAGCGGGUGGUCGUGCGUGCGCCGCCGCACAUGUUGCCCGCGACGCCGAAGCUUGCCGUGCGUGUGAACUUCUGGGACAUGGCCGGCGGCGAGGAGUAUUUAGAGAUCCGCAACGAGUUCUACAACGCCGCCGAGGGGGCGCUGCUCGUGUACGACGUGACCGACGCUGCGAGCUUCGCCGCGCUCGACAAGUGGGUGAAGGAGAUGGAGACGAACGCGAGCGUGCGGCGUGGGAGCGGCAACGAGGCGGUCACCGCGAGCGUCGCGCGGGCUGCCCCGAAGGCGAUGGUGGUGGUGGUGUGCGCCAACAAGGCAGACGACGAGGUGUACGCCGGCGCCAGCACCAGCAACAACAACAACAGCAGCAGUGGCGUUGGCGGCAAGAAGCGUGUCGUGAGCGACGCGGAGGGGCGGCGGUGGGCAGAGGGGCGCGGUUACAAAUACUUCGAGACAAGUGCCUGCAAGGGCACGUGCGUCGCUGAGGCUCUGGAAUCACUCUUCAGCGAUGUGGUGGCGAGGUUCAUGUAG